AUGUCUUCCACACCUAACACACAGACUUCGCAAACGCCACCCUCUUCUUCGCCUCAUAAUAAUAAACAGCUAACACCACAUCACUGUUCCCUCGAGAUCUCAAUAGCCGCUAACAAUAAUAUCAAAGAAACAUUACCACUUCCUCAAUCCUCUUCAAACAUAAAUCAUGACCAAACGACAACACCACUUUUAACAUCAAUUCCAUCCACCAAAACCACCCUAAACCAACAAUUAGUUCACUUGUUUCGUCUUACCACACUUCGAAGUUGUCGAAAGCUAAAGCGUAUCCUGAGUCUAAUGAUAUUAUUCAGUAUUCUGGCGUUCGCCUUGUUCUUGUUAACUUGGCCGAUACUGCAUCCACGUGUUACUUUGUUCACAUUUAAAUUUCGAAAUUAUUUGCAUAAUGAAGGGUAUUUGGGUUGCUCGUUGCGAAAGCAACCGAUACUAUUUAUGGUUGAUACAGAUCGCUUGUUGGCGGUAUGGGAGUCGAAUUGUAUAUUGAAUAACGUAAAAUUACGAUGGUAUCUGUCAAGUAAUGACAAUAGCAAGAAGAAUAUCAAAGAUACUGAAGAGAACAACGAUAAUAAAUCGGAGAGGAAUCUGUAUGGAGGAGGAAUAUCGGAAACUAUACUGGAUAGCACACAUAACGUCUACAAAACCACUAUCGGUCCAGUUCCAGCUUCGGGCACAUACACUUAUGAAAUUACAUAUUCACCAAUUGAUGAUGGAAAUGAAAUUUUACUAGCACGUUAUUCUUUCUCAUUCUUUUUACCAUCAACCCACUUAUCAUUACAAUUUCCCGGAAAUCAAACUGAUAUUCAUUCUAAUAAGCCUGCCACUGAUACUCUUUCACAAUCAAUAAAUUAUCCGAUCAGGAUUUUGGCAAUUUCCGAUAAUCAGUUUGGUCUAUCAAUAUUCAACCAUCUUUUGGAUGGUGUCGUGAAAAGGCACCCACCACCAAAUUUUAUAAUACAUGCCGGUGACGCGGUCCAAGAUUACGACAGACUCCAGCAAUGGCAGACUGAUUUCUACGAUCCAUUGACACAUUACCAUCUCGCGCAAAACGCACCACUAAUCUACGCGCAUGGCAAUCAUGAUUUUGACCCAAGUCUCGAAUACCCGUACACAAGUAGCCAACUGUGGCACGCGUUCACCAUCGCAAACACGCGUUGGAUAGUGUUAGAUAGUAAUAUGGAUGACGUGUUACAGGACAAAUGGUUACUUUCGGAACUACAAAGCCGAGAAUCACGCGAAGCCAUGUUUCGCGUCGUAGUUGUUCAUAUACCACCGUUCAUCGAGUUCUGGGAUCCUGACACAUGGCAUAACAAGGGUGAGAAACAUUGGGGUGAAUUUGUGCGAUUACGUUUCGUUCCAUUGUUUCAAGAGUUCGGUGUUGAUCUGGUGAUUAGUGGGCAUCAACAUAAUUAUCAACGCGGAAACUUGAAUGGUAUUACAUACACGAUUAUUGGCGGUGCUGGUGGUGAAUUGGAUUAUCAAAGGGUCGAAGAUUGGCAUAUUUAUGAUACCGUGCAAAAAACCUAUCAUUAUGUUACAAUCGAGAUAUGGGACAGGAUGCUGAAAUGGGUUGCGUAUAAUAUUGAUGGGCUGGUUAUUGAUAAAUUUGAUUUGCAAAAGUAA